AUGGCCACCUGUUUCCUCUGCCAGGCUAACAUAGCAAGGCUGGAACGGAUACCCAAGUCACCUGCACAGCAAGCAGCAGCACAACAGCACCAACAACAGCAGCAGUACCCGCCGCCGCCGCGGAUGAUACCGCCCCCGCAGCCUCCACAGCUCCCGCCGCCGCCGCCCAUGCAGACACCUGUGGGACAGCCGGGCAUGCCUUCGCAGCAGCAGCAACAACAACAACAACAACAGCAGCAGCAGCAACUGGCCAUGCAAAUGCAGGGCAUGGCUGCCGGUAUGGCGCCACAGCAGGCAGCUGCGGCGGCAGCCAUGUUCAACGCACUGACGGGAGCGGGCGGGCAGCACAUGAUGCCGCAGGCCGCGGCCGCAGCUGCGGCGGCCCUGGGGAUGCAGGGCAUUUUGGGAAUGCAGGGAAUGCCGGGUCCCAUGGGGAUGCAAGGAAUGCAGGGAAUGCAAGGCCCGAUGGGGAUGCAGGGCCCGAUGGGCGGCAUGCCGAUGCCGUUCCCGUUCCAAUAA